UUUGACCAACUGAAGCGGGUGUUCAAAGCAUAAUUAAGGUUAUGUUUACAUUCGAUAAUGGCUGAAAGUGCGCACUAAUAUACGAAAUAUACAAGAAAUAUGAAGUUCAGGGGUAAGAUGACGGAGGUGUUAUGUAUAAAGCAGUUUUCAAAUAUAAUCGGAGCCCUGGCAAAACUGGCGAAAGACUGUAAGUUGCGAAUAACACCGGACAAGAUAUUUUUCACUGUGUCGGAUGGUUCAACUCUGGAGCGACCAUUGGCAUAUUGUAUAAUAGAACAGGCCCAUUUCUUCAACGAGUAUACAGUGGUCGGUGUCUCCAACACACACAAUAUGAUAUGUUUAAUUUUUUCACCAGACCUAUUGGCGCGGGCUACGGCCAACUUGAGGACAUCAGCGAGUACUAAAUCAGUGAAAAUGAAACUGACGAACAAAAUGUCACCUUGCCUCACUUUUGAGAUAGAAUCGGGACAAUCACGGCUUUGUGUACACGACAUUCCUGUGACUGUUGUCCCACGGAGACAGUGGGGGAGCCUUGAAGACCCUGUCCUGCCAACUUUUGAUGUUAGUAUAGAUUUCCCAAAUUUCAGGAUUUUGCGAACAAUAGCAGAACGUAUGCGUAACAUCAACUUGUAUUUGGAGGUUGGGGCCAAUUCACUGGGAACACUUGUAAUUGAAACACGGACAGAUAUUGUCAGACUAAGAACUCAGUUCAGCGAUCUCAAUAUAAACAGCACAGCAAACGCAUUGCCUGAUCCAGAAAAGAUUCGAUCCGUGAGAGUGGACGUCCGAAAAUUUGUACAAGUUCUGGCUAGUGAACAGUUGCACCCAAACAAAAUGCAGUGUGAUAUAGCUGAUGGUCGCUUGUUGCACCUCUUAGUCAUACAUGAGGAUGUGACUUUGCAUUAUUUCUUGUCACAUUUUGACAGCUGAGAUAUGGCAGUAACCCUUCUUCCUUCCUGAAGUAGUGUUGGGGAGAGAGAGAGCUGUUGGAUCACACAUUUAUCAGAGCCAUGAUUAUGGUUGAUGGACUACUGUGGGAUAGUAACUUGCUGAUAUGUGAAAAUGUUGCAAUAUCUUUCGAUUCCCUUUUUUCUGAUAUGUAUAGCUUCUUAGUAAUUUAUUAUUGAUUCUGUAUUAUCUGUAUUAAAUGUGUUGUCUUGCUAAGUCUGUGGUUAUUGUGCUCAUUGAGUAGAGAGUCAACAACUUCAGGAAUACACAUAUUGGAUUCUGUUAAUUCCAAGCUAAGUUACAAAUAAAGUGCACUGUACAGGGUGUCUCACCUAACUCUGCCACCUCAAAUAUCUCUGAAACAACAAUAGAUAUUCAAAAAUGGUCAUUAAAAUUGCUACACCAAGAAAAAUGCAGAUGAUAAAUGGGUCUUCAUUGGACAAAUAUAUUGUACUAGAACUGACAUGUGAUUAUAUUUUCACAAAAUUUGGGUGCAUAGAUCCUGAGAAAUCAGUACCCAGAACAACCACCUUUGGUCGUAAUAGUGGCCUUGAUAAGCCUGGGCAUUGAGUCAAACAGGGCUUGGAUGGCAUGUACGGGUACAGCUGCCCAUGCAGCUUCAACACGAUACCACAGUUUAUCAAGAGUAGUGAUUGAGUGAUUGGCGUAUUGUGACGACCCAGUUGCUCGGCCACCAUUGAUCAGACGUUUUCAAUUGGUGAGAGAUCUGGAGAAUGUGCUGGCCAGGGCAUCAUUCGAACAUUUUCUGUAUCCAGAAAGGCCAAUAUAGGACCUGCAACAUGCGGUUGUGCAUUAUCCUGCUGAAAUGUAACACAUCUGAAAUGUAAUGUCCACUGUUCACAGUCAGUGCGAACAAGAGGUGACCGAGACGAGUAACCAGUGGCACCCCAUACCAUCAUGCCGGAUGAUACACUAGUAUGGCGAUGAUGAAUACUCGCUUACAAUGUGCAUUCACUGCGAUGUCGCCAAACACGGAUACAUCCAUCAUGAUGCUGUAAACAGAACAUGGAUUCAUCCGAAAAAAUGACAUUUUGCCAUUUGUGCACCCAGGUUCUUCGUCGCUGAGUACACCGUCACAGGCCCUCCUGUCUGUGAUGCAGCGUCUAGGGUAACCGCAGCCAUAGUCUCCGAGCUGAUAGUCCAUGCUGCUGUAAAUGUCGUCAAACUGUUGGUGCAGAUGGUUGUUGUCUUGCAAACGUCCCCAUAUGUUGACUCCGGGAUCGAGACGUGGCUGCACGAUCCAUUACAGCCAUGCGGAUAAGAUGCCUGUCGUCUCGACUGCUAGUGAUACGUGGCCGUUGGGAUCCAGCAUGGCGUUGCGUAUUACCCUCCUGAACCCACCGAUUUCAUAAUCUGCUAACAGUCAUUGGAUCUCGACCAACGCGAGCAGCAAUGUCCCGAUACGAUAAACCACAAUCGCGAUAGGCUACAAUCCGAUCUUUAUCAGAGUCGGAAACAUGAUGGUACGCAUUUCUCCUCCUUACACGAGGCAUCACAACAACAUUUCACCAGGCAACGCCGGUCAACUGCUGUUUGUAUAUGAGAAAUCAGUUGGAAACUUUCCUCAUGUCAGCACAUUGUAGGUGUCGCCACUGGCACCAACCUUGUGUGAAUGCUCUGAAAAGCUAAUCAUUUGCAUAUCACAGCAUCUUCUUCCUGUCGGUUAAAUUUUGCAUCUGUUGGUAGCAUGUCAUCUUGGUGGUGUAGCAAUUUUAAUGGCCAGUAGUGUACUAUGCAAAAUUUUAAAAUUUAAACAAAUACUAUUUUCAACACAGACUUGUGUAUUUUUAAAUGGACACCCCCUAUUAUUUCGUAUGCAAUCAAUAGCAUGAAAAAUCACAAAAAUAAUGGCCUUGGUUGGACUGCAAUACAUCAGUCAUGUCCAGAAAAAUUGCCAAGCGAAGUUGAUGCUUGAAAUAAAUGAAGCGCACAGCUAGCGCACGUCCUGAGACUCAAGCAUGCACCUCACGCUGCCAGUAAUCGUGAUUUAGUUGACGUACUACAGCAGUGGAGUGUUAAUGUAUGGUGUGGUAUUGUAUGACAACACAUCAUUGACCCAUAUUUCAUUGAUGGCACUGCUAAAGGGGGAUAGUUUAACUCUUUCUUGAGCUGUACCUUACUUGAGCCAGUCCACCUCUUAUAAUGUUUCAAAUAAUGCGGUAUCAAAAUGAUGGAUGUCCUGCGCGUAAUGUUUACCGUUGCGAAAUGACAACUAGAGGUACAAUUAGUGGUAACACACUUGGUUUCACAUUUCUAAACCUCAUAAGUUCUGAAAUGUGUGGCUUGUAAAGGAUAGCAAUGGUGUCACAGUUUCUGACGUAAUGCAUCACAUGUAGUACUGUACUCAGAGCAGGGGUUGCCUGCAGUGGCACCUGUAUCCUGCCGUAAACUUACCAAUAUCACCACGGCAUGCUCUACCUUCAGUGUACAAGUGCCUCCUAAUCUGGUCUGCUGAACUGCUCUCAUACUGUAAUGUAAUUCACAUACAUUGCCACAUCAGUAAUUUACGGCAAAUGUCACAGAAAUAACAACCGCAGCUGUGACACUGUAUGCUACCCAGAUUGGCGGUGUCCAUCAAGUCGAACCAUUGGCAACAUCUGGAAGACACUCACGGAAACAGGAAACUGGGCUCCCACAAAACGUCGACGUACAACGCCAGCAACUGGCAAUGGGAGAGAAACUGCUGUUCUGGCUGCUGUAGCGCACAAUCCUCAGGUGGGUGUACAAGAAAUUGCACGAGGUGUAAGAAUAAGCCACAGUAGUGUGUGCAGAAUCUUGCAUCGGCAUCAGUUUCAUCCGUUCCAUAUCUCACUGUGCCAAGAACUGUGUGGGAAUGACUUUGAAUCCCACGUUGCAUUCUGUCAUUUUGCACUUCAGCAGUUGCAAGGUAAUCCAGUAUUCGUGAGCAAUACGUUGUUUAUGGACGAGGCUUCAUUUACAAAUCACGGUAAUGUGAAUCUGCGGAACAUGCACUGCUGGUCCGUGCAAAAUCCCCACUGGAUUUGCCAAGUUGUUCAUCAAUGACAGUAAAGUGUCAAUGUUUGCUGCAGUAUCAUUGCUAACUGUAUUGUAGGUCUCUAUUUUUACCGUGGAACAUUGAAUGGACAGGGAUAUGCAUCAUUUCUUCAACACACACUAGCACUACUCAUGAAGGAUCUAGGAUUGCAAACUCAUCUAUCAAUGUGGUUCCAACACUAUGGAUGUCCCGCACACAAUGCAAAAAUUGCCAGAGAUGUUCUUGAUGAGACAUUUCCAAAUAGGGUGGAUGGGGCAGGGAGAUACUGUGCGAUGACCAGCACGGUCCCCCGACUUGACGCCAUUAGACUUCUUUCUAUGGGGCGCAGUGAGAGACAGAGUGUAUCAAGAACCCCCAACAACAGUAGAGGAUAUGCAACAUCCUAUUACCGUGGCAUGUGCGGCAAUAUCUUUGGAAACUGUACAAUCUGUGCAACACAAUCUUGUUACCCAUCUGCAAAUGUGUGUGUAUUGAUGCAAACGGGGGUCACUUUGAACAUAUGUUGAUGUGACACAAUUUCAUUGGUGAAGAUGUGGAUGUAUUUUCUAUGCGGGAUGUAAUGCACAACAAUACUUCUGUGGACGACAAGGCACUAGUCAGUGUGUUUAGCAAAGUGAAUUCAAGUAUGUUAUCACUAAUUGUAACUCUAGUUGUCAUUUCACUAGAGUAAACAUACAUUUCCACCUUGAAAGAUGUAACUUUGCAUUGAAUGUGUUACUGGUUUAUUUUUGUGGUUUGUGCAUACCUUCCCAUUGUGUGAGCCCCUGACACAGGCAGCAUGAGGUGCGCACUAGAGUCUCAGGACAUGCGCAAGCUGUGCGCUUCAAUUGUUUCAAGUGUCAACUUUGCGUCACAAUUUCUCGGGAUGUAAUUGACAUAUUGCAAUGCAACCAACGCCAUUAUUUUUGUGAUUUUUCAUGCUAUUGAUUGCAUAUGAAAUAAUAGGGGGUGUCCAUUUAAAAAUACACAUGUUUGUGUUAUAAAUAGUAUUUGUGUACAUUUUAAAAUUUCGCCUAGUAUUUGGUUUCCCAAGCCCCUGCCGUACGUUCAUGCUGGUGAAAACCGUUUUUGAAUAUCUGUUGUUGUUCCAGAGAUAUUUGAGAUGGCAUAGUUAGGUGAGACACCCUCUAUUAUGAACAUUUAUCAUCAUCACCACCUUUGGUCAGUUACGGUUGUACCCAUGUCACCUGUAUGUUAAGUUUGUUGCAUAUCUAUCGAGAGCAUUACCUCAUAAUGCAUAUGCGAUCAGUGCCUUCCUAGGUUCCCGUAAAAACAGGAAGCGGUGAACCUUCUAGAAAUUGAAUGAGCAUAUAUAAAGGGCCUUGUAACAUAUGGAACAUUUUUCUUCUACAUAAUUAUCCUUUGAGAGUUACUUAAAAGUAAACAGUAUUUAUAGCAAAUCUGAAGCUCUCAACAUUUAAUGCAGGUUUUAUUAAAAACUUGUUGAUUUGUGACUUGUAACAGUGGGAUGUUGUAAAAAUAUAGAAAAUGAUACAGAGUUAUCAUAUAGCUCUAGGAAAUACAAUUUCCUUCACAAAAAGGUAAAAUAAAUUAAAAAUGUUAAACAAAAUGUAUCGACUGUUGCUUUAAUACUUUGUAGAAGUUAUAUAAAACAUGUUCCUGUUAUUCAUAAACAACUUAUGCAUUUAUCUUUUCUUUGAUCAAGAUGAGCAUUCUAUUGAGUAAAAAGUAAGAGUAAUCGUAUUUUUUUAUGUGUGUAUAUUCAAACUACUUCCAUCAAAAGUAAAUGCUUUGCUUACAUAAAAGCUCAAA